GAUUAGAAUAGGCUUUAAUCUUUAUAUUUGCAAUUAAAAAAUGAAUGUGGAUCCUUAUUUCAAUUUUAAGAAAAGUAUUCGGAAUUUUGAAGGCUAACUAAAAUAGAAGCGCUGUAUUUGGUCAGUUUUUCCCGAGGGUUUUUUGACUUUCAUUUCAAGAUGCAGUUAUUUGGACGCAAGAAGGACGUAAAGGCUCAGAUAAAUCAAAUGGUUUCUGUGUUAAGGAGAGAGAAAUAUCCACUUGAAAGAGAUAUUCAAACUCAUCUAAGGCAGCAGAAGCAAAUGGAAGUGGCUAUAAGGAAAUGUGCGAAGCAAUCAGAUAUGGCUUCCGCUAAAGUAUAUGCUAAAGAAUAUGCAGCCUCGAAAAAGGCUGUUGCCCGUUUAUAUACUGCAUUAUCUCAGAUCGACAGUGUGUCCAUGGAGUUGCGUCACCUUGUUGCUAUGAGUAAGCUGACUGCAGGUAUACAGAAAAGUACUGCUGUGAUGACUGCUAUGUCAUCAUUAGUAAAGUUACCUGAGAUUCAAGCUACAAUGCAGAAUUUGAGUAAGGAAAUGAUGAAGGCUGGGAUAAUGGAAGAAAUGCUAGACGAUACUAUGGAAUCUUCAUUUGGUCAUCAUGAAGAAAUGGAUGAAUUAGCUGCUGCUGAAGUUGAUAAAAUCAUAUGGGAUAUAACAGCUGGACAGUUAGGUGAAGCACCUGAACCUGCUGAUCAUUCCUUAUCAGUUUCUGUACCUCAGAGUGUUCUACCAGCAUCUAAUUUGCUAGAUAAAGAUGAGGUGGAUUUGGAAAUGGAUGCACGACUUGCUGCUCUUCGAAGUUAACACUCUCUUUUUUCUUUUCUUAUCACCAUAUGGGCUUUCUGGCUAUAUACACGGACUUUAUUUUAUUGCAUAUUGUACAGGAAACAAGUUUUAAUUGGCAUAAACUGUAUUUGUCACAGCUUAUAAAAACGUAUGAUAACGUAAUCCAGUUAAUUGAUCAAAAUUUAAAAGCGGAUGUAUGUUUUCGAAGAGACGAACAAACAGGAUCUUUCAUUUUGUCAUCUAAAAGUUGAUGAAGGGGAAUUUUUAAAAAUUAACUUGGAGUUUUGUUAGUUUUACAAACCGCUUAUAUUAGUAUACUUAUAAGACUACGUUCACUUUCUUUCAUAAUAUUAUUAUGUCCAUAUUACCAUUUACAUGAUUUUACUUAAUUAAAGAUGUGUUCAUCCCUUAUCAAAGUGUUUCAUUUUAUUGAGUCUCUUAAUUCACUUAUGUUGUAUAUAGCAUGCACAAUACUAAAGGUUUAAAAUC